UAAAAAUAAAAUUGGUAACAACUAACAAAUGACACCCCGUUUUUGUCCUCUUAAAGGGUUUUAGGAAACUCUUUUUGAUAGGUAAACUUCGAUAAUUGGGGUUGUGGCUCCCUCUUCCUGUUGUAGUUCGUUUGAAGAUCUAUUUCUGGACCUCCAUUGAAGAUGAAGAUGCAUACGGGAGCCUUCAAUGGCAACAUGAAGAAAGCACUUGCUGGUUUGAAACGCAUUAAUUUGGAUGGUCUGCGUUGGAGGGUUUUUGAUGCCAAAGGCCAGGUUCUUGGGAGGUUAGCAUCACAAAUUUCUACUGUUCUCCAAGGGAAGGAUAAACCAACAUACACUCCUAAUCGUGAUGAUGGAGAUAUGUGCAUAGUCCUAAAUGCAAAGGACAUCUGCGUCACAGGGAGGAAACUUACAGAUAACUAUUAUCGGUGGCAUACCGGAUAUGUGGGCCACCUUAAGGAAAGAACUUUGAAGGAUCAGAUGUCAAAGGAUCCCACUGAAGUAAUUCGUAAAGCUGUUCUCCGAAUGCUUCCCAGAAAUAAAUUACGUGAUGAUAGAGAUCGGAAACUUAGGAUAUUUACCGAUGAGGAACAUCCGUUUGCUGAUAGAGCCCUCGAGCCAUACAUGAUGCCUCCUAGACAAGUGCGAGAAAUGCGACCCCGUGCAAGAAGAGCCUUGAUUCGUGCACAAAAGAAAGUAGAUCAACAAGGUGUUACCGCUAGUUCCAAAAAUGGGAAGAAGGAAGAAAAAGCGGAAGCGAGUUCAUGAAGGUCUCGAAGGCAUGAUGUUUCUCCAAUCAAGAGCUUUCAUGUAUAAGAAUAUUUGAAUGCCAAUGGAGUUUACUCAACUAGAAGUAUAAUCAACACGGUACCGUGGCUUGUAUGGCUGGCAUUGGAAGAACUUUGACAUAGUUUUUGUUUUCUUCCUUGUUAGAUUUGAUUACUACCGUACCGACUAGUUCUAGAUAUAAUUGGACAAAUUGUUAAUGAUGCAAAGUCUAAUUGUUUAUAAUGGCAUAUUAAGGGCUUAUUAAUUGCUCUUGCUUGAGAAUACACUUUCCAAAUAUAUAGUCAUGAUUGGUACCCUAAAGUUAAGAGGAAAACUUCCUUUAGUAGCACUUGGGUUCUUCAUGUGAUCCCUCUUCGUAAAGUCUAUCUAUCUAUCUAUCUUGUCAUCUUAUCGAUCAAGCAGCUAUU